CCCAUUCCCGUCUGGGCAAUGCCGUCCUGUUGCUUGGAGUGCAAGCCAUGCAACGGCAUGCCCGCGCUCUUCAAGAGCCGGCACCCGACGCUCCAGCUUCGCCGUGCGUUAGGCAAGAUGAAGAAGGGCGCCAGCCGCCGCCGCGCCGGCAGCUCCGUCCGCGCGGUCUUCUGGCCGCUCAUGUCCAUUCGCUCCGACGUCGACGUCCGCAACGACGUCGCGGUCGACCGGCCGCCGAGCUCCUCCACCGAUGGCAGCGGCAGUGGCGCGCGCGUUCCGUCGCCGUCCCUCGAUAACGACACCCCCGGCGCGGCGUCCACGACGGCCGCGCGGGUGCUCACGCUGCAUGCCCGGCUAGGCGAAACCGCGGCGCCGCUGACGACCGUCGUCGGCGCUCGCGACGUCGACGACGUGGAGGAGGCGUGCAGGAGCUUCGAGAAGCACCUGAUAGAUAUGCUGGUGGAGGAGCGGAAGGUGAUGGACCUCACGGACGUGGAGGAGCUGCUCUGCUGCUGGGAGAAGCUCAGGUGCCCGGCGUUCGUGCAGCUCGUUGGCCGCUUCUACGGCGAGCUCUGCAUGGACCUCUUCUCCGGCGUGUCAUCUGAAUCAGAAGAUUUUACCAUUUGACUUCGCUGCUAGGCCUUUCUGCCAUGACAGGUGGGCCCGGCGUCGGAUAUUGAGCGCUCGAUGUUUUGCCAUUGCAUUUUGCCAUGGCUCUAGCUUGCAUGCGUACAGAUUCUGGAUACAAUCAAACGCAUGCAGCUAGCUGUCCUGUACUUUUUUUUUCUUUUGGUGUGUAAUGUUUCUUUCUGUAUGUA